AUGUCAGUUAAUUGUUUUCGAGAUGUGCAACCAACAAAUGCCACUGUAAUGCAGCAGAGAUUUGGAUCGAAUGCACCAUUGCCUGGUCCUUUUGAAGAUGAUCAGUCCAUAAAUUCGUUCUCAACGACUGCUUUUGGACCUGGUUUUACACCAACAACACCCUCCAGACCAGCUAAUGAAAACGCAUCAUCGCCUCGAAAACCGUAUGAUCCGAUGGCUAGCGCAUUUAUUGACAUCACCGAUUUGGUUGCAAAAAUACUUAUAAGUCAUCCAUGUACAGUUUUGAGGCGGCAGUGUCAAGUUCAUCAGUUUGCCAAAUCACUUCAUCUUACACCCUUUACUUUAAUUCCUGUCGUUUAUAAAAUAGUUAGCUGCGAGGGACUUUUGACUUUAUGGAAAGGUGCUAUUGGUUCAGGUGUUCUCUGGGGUUUAUCUGUUGCUGGAGAAAUAUUGCUCGCCAAUAUAUUUGGUCUUCCACGGCAUUACGUAAAGCAUGGAAGCGUUAAGAAAUACUGCCGCCAUCUUAUAUUAAAAGCCUCAACUGCAGUUUGCAUGACCCCAUUUAUUGUGUCAGCUUUCAUCGAAACUGUCAGAAGUGAAAGUGGUCGUUGCGAUGACUUCCAUGCAAUGGAUGUAGUAACAAACGGGAUAAGUCGUUUGCGACUUGAUUUUAUCGGGCCAAGAGAUAGCAGUAAACGUUUCUCAUUGUUAUAUCUUUUAAUACCGACAACUUGUUUAUUUACAUCGCACUAUUUGAUAACGAUCAGUAUCCAUGACUGGAUAUAUCUUUUAGCGAGACGAUAUGUUAAUCGGAAACCGUUAUAUGAGAAAACUGUUUUUGAUCAAUAUUUUCCGCAGAUAUUUGCAACUUUGACAUCGCAAAUGCUUGCUGAUUUUGCCUUGUAUCCUUUCGAAACAGUAAUUCAUCGCCUUUAUAUUCAGGGAACAAGAACAUUAAUAGAUAAUCUCGAUAGUGGUGUCACAGCUAUCUCAAUAACAGGAAAAUAUGUUGGAUUUUUUGAUUGUUUCAGGACAAUCAUAAAUCGAGAAAGCUUUUGGUCUCUUUAUGCGGGUGUUGGAGUACUUGGUUUACAAUAUGUUUUGCAUUUAUGCUUGCUUCGCUUCAUUCGAACAAUGAUUAAAUAUGGAAAUCGGGCAAUUAAUGCGCAGCAACAAGAGGGUAUUGUGGCUAGCAGUACAUCAUCCCAUCGAUUGACGCCUCUGCAAUUCGAUUCAGAGCCUUCUGGCAAUGAAUUAUCCGCAUUUUUAACAGAGAGUAUCUCUGUUAAUUCCAGAGCAAGAUAUCCGGCUUUUGGACAAACGAUCAGUACAUUUGGGCGUACUUCACCGCCAUUAUUUGCUUCUUCGGCAUCAAAUAUCCUUGCGAAUUGGGCAUUUGCGUUUUAUCCUGGAACAAAUAUCAAUCAUUAA